GACCGGCUUAUAUCCAUUCAGAGAAAUGGCUGCUUUCUCUUUCAGAAUCUAUUAACAACAAAGGUUGACGUACAGCAAGUAAUGUUUUCAAAGGACGGAACUGUGUUAUUGAGACUAACUGCGGCACAAUUUAGUGUCGUAAAAUAACAUAAACGUAAAUGUUGCGUCGUCAUUUCUGUAAAGUCUGAGUCUUGUUGUGAGCCACCUGUAUGCCGGCUAGCGCGUUAGCUGCAAAGCCAAGACAUCGCUUAGCCUGUCUUCCAACCCUGUCAUCUCCGGUAACACUGUGUUAAUGGUACACUUUAUCUCGAACCAGAUUCUGUGUGUUUUAUUUCAACUGAAGUUAGUAAAUCGGGUAACCCCGCGCCUAAAUGCCAGAACAAGGCCCCAGGAUGAAUGGGUUUUCUAUCGGCGAGCUGUGUUGGCUGUUCUGCUGUCCACCAUGUCCAAGUCGCAUCGCGGCCAAACUAGCUUUCCUUCCACCGGAGCCCACAUAUUCCAUGCACACCGACGCUAACGGGGGGACUAGCUUACAUUUAACUGAACGAGCGGACUGGCAGUACUCCCAGCGAGAGCUCGAUGCAGUGGAAGUGUUCACCACCAGAAGCAGCAGGGGUAACCGGGUUGCAUGCAUGUUCGUGCGCUGCGCGCCCAGCAGUCGCUACACGCUGCUUUUUUCCCACGGUAACGCCGUGGACCUGGGACAGAUGUGCAGUUUUUAUAUCGGUCUCGGCUCCAGGAUAAACUGCAACGUGUUCUCCUACGAUUAUUCAGGCUACGGAGUCAGCACCGGUAAGCCUUCCGAGAAGAACCUGUAUGCGGACAUUGAGGCGGCCUGGCAGAUGCUGAGGAACAAGUAUGGUGUAACACCUGAGAAUAUCAUCCUGUAUGGUCAGAGCAUCGGCACGGUGCCAACCAUUGACCUGGCUGCUCGCUAUGAAUGCGCUGCUGUCAUCUUACACUCACCAUUGAUGUCAGGUCUACGGGUGGCCUUCCCUGACACACGCAAGACUUACUGCUUCGAUGCCUUUCCCAGUAUUGACAAGGUGUCCAAGGUGGCGUCCCCAGUGCUCGUAAUCCAUGGCACAGAAGAUGAGGUUAUUGACUUCUCCCAUGGCCUGGCCAUGUAUGAGCGCUGUCCCCGUGCAGUUGAGCCUCUUUGGGUGGAGGGAGCUGGCCACAAUGACAUUGAACUGUAUUCUCAGUACCUGGAGAGGCUUAAGCAAUUCAUCUCCUUUGAGCUUUCCACUUCUUGAGGAGCUUGUGACUCAGGCUCGGGUUCAUCUCAACGCACUCAAGAAUCCUCCUCUUUAUUUCCUCUGUUUGUGAGGGGCACGACAGGCAUAAAAUCACAACACUGUCAAUGGUUAGGCUAAACAUGCAGUUUAGGCUUAACAUGCACUGUACUCAAAACCUAGCUGGUGCUCCUACACCUACACGAGAACCUACUUUGCAAAUGGGCCCGGGCCUUGAUGGCGUGUGUACCUGCUGCUCAGUCUUGAUUCAUUAUCCUCUCACAACCCGGGCCAGAGAGGGAAGGAAAUUUCUCUGCUUCCUUCCCUCUCUCUACUUAAUUGAUCUCAGUCAGCUUUUUUUUGUGUGAUGGUCUCUCACUGUGAGCUUCUGUUGAUCACGCUUUCAUAUUCUUCCUUCUGUUUGUCCAAUGAUUCCAGUUUUCCUUUUGACUGAGUAUUUGCAGUGUUGAUUUUUGUAUUCUUUUAUACAAGAUGAAGUUUCAAAUUUGCACCUCGAGAUAUUGUGGAUAAAGGUUUUUUAUUUUUACUUUUUUCUUUUUUCUCUAACUUUAAGUUACCGUCCAGGGUUGAUUAAACAGUUGCACUUUAAACGUGCAGGUAUUUUCAGGUAAUGUUUUGUUUCUGUUUGGAUAUGUAUGUGGGUUCUGGUUUUUGUUGUUCUGUUUUUGUUUGUUUUUUAACUGACAUUCCAUGAUGUUUUUGUUUAUACUUCUAGGCCAACUUUGAUUUUUUUUUUUUUUUCCAUUGUUAGUGGUAGUUCAUUUGUAAGCUGUUGGCCAGAAUGCAUCUCUUUGGGCUGUGUUUAGUGUUGAUGUACACUGCUCUCUCAUAUAGGGAGAUGAAAAUGGCAAACUUCAAACAAGUGUUUCUUGAAGAAAAUGACUCCUUGAAUGUUGGAGCCACUGGCACAUUGCACAUGCAAACACCUUCUUUAAUUGAGUCGAUAUAAUGCUAACACCUACAAUAGUUUUGCCUGUUCAGUUAUUGUCCAAAUGGCAAGCAGAGAGGUGUGAACCAUAAUUGCGGAAACAUCUUCUGGUGAGAGGAUCAUCUACACCAUUUGGCUUUAACAUUAAAACCACUGCUAGAUGAAUAACAUUGACCAUCUUUUCAUAAUGCAAUGUUCUGCUGGAAAACCUUGGGUUCUGGCAUGCAUACAUACAUUACCCUGGGACAUGGCAAACACAUAAACGCUGUUGCAUUGUUACAGCUCACCAUGGCAGUGGCAUUCCCAGAUCACUACAGCCUCUUCAACCAAGAUGGUGCAGCCUACCACACUGCAGGAACAGCUUGAGCAGUACAACAAAUAGCCCAAGUUCAGUGACCAAAACAGUCCUGUGAGUGUUUACAUGGGUGGGUUUCUCUCUCACUAUCUCUCUAUAUACUAUAUCUAGAUAGUGUUCACUAAUGGUUUGAUGUAACAUCUUGGAAAAUGUUUGGUCGAGAACUGCGCUAGUGAUAACUGUUAAGCACAGUCAUUAUUGGAGUCAUUUAUGUGUGAGUACAUGAUUGCUCCUGCAGCUUGAGCCAAACUUCAUGUUCAGAAUCAACAGUGGUGAUUAAGAGCCCAAAGUGUCCAAGCAAAAUGAAGUUUAUAUUAGGUGAGGAAAAUCCUAUUUAUUUCUAAGUGCACACACUCAGGUUGAAGUCCUGCUUUCAUGUUCAAGGCGACCAACAGAGAGAAUUUAGUUCAAGCUACCUGGGCAGUGCCAUUUUGCUUCUCACGGCACGUAGAAAACACACGACACCCUUUUUGAUCCUACUUGGCAGAUUUGGCCCUAAAAAGAGUCCGGUUAAAUGGUCACUUCUGCAAAUGGUCAGAACAAGACUUUCAGAGAGCAGUCCAAAUGGAGCAGAAGCUCCGGGAGGAUUGCUGCACAAUGGAAAGGAGAUAAGUCACAUUAAAAUGAUCUAUUUUCUGCUUUUAUACAUGCAUUCUCUGAACCUUUUGAUGGCAUUUGCUGCAUAUUAAAAACGUUUAUUAUCUCCAUACACAGUACUGUAACAGAGGGUGUAUAACUUUUCCCAUAAGCAACACAAAAAUGAAACAUCCCAAGUAAGAACACCUUCUCUGCAAGAGAGAGCAGCGGGUAUCAGGGCUGUGUUAACUGGAGAUUGUGUGGUAAGACAAAAUAGUAGGACAGUUGAUUCAGAUGAAAACAUGAGCAAGUAUAGUAAACUGGUGCCUGGCAGCACAGAGUAGGUUUCCUUGCAGUCUGAAGAUGCUGAAUUGUGAAAUUUGCUGUGUGUAGGUGGUCAAAGUGAACAGAAAUUUAUUGGUUUGGGGUGGUACUCAAAAUUAUUUUUAAUUCCUCACUAAGAAUAAAUCCUUAUGCUUGUGUUUCAGCCAGACAAUCCUGUAGACUACAAGAAGCUUGUCGUUUUCAGGGGGACUGCUGCUAUUUAUCAGAGGACUCAAUCAGUCAAUCACUGUGAAAGCCAGACAGUUUGGGGAAUGCUGAAAUGACAGCAAGGUACAAAAAUCAGAUUCAGUCUGAUUAGUCAUCCCCUGGCUCAUGUUCCUGCCUGGAGAAUAAUAGAAAUCAGCCUACAAAGCCUUCUUUUACCAGUGCAGGUGUCUGCUGAGCCCUCUAAUAUUUUGCCAUUUUCCCAGCUCAACUUUCAAUGAUGUGACAGAACAACAAAAGGGAAAUGGAUUGCUGUGAAAAUGAGCAACACCUGCAAAUCACCACUCCUGGUUUUUGACGACAUAUCAUUUGUAUUUGAAUAAUUUGUUCUUUGCUCCCUGCAAGUGGACAAAAAAAUUAAGAUAUAUAAUGAUAAGGUUAAAAAAAAAAAAAAAA